GGCUGCGGAAGGGGUGUGGCCGCUGGCGGCGGCGCGGCCGGCGGGAGGCAGGUGGCGGCGGCACCGGGCCUGGCGGCUCUAACGGCCUCCCCAAGUAUGCUGUACCUGGUCGGUCUGGGCUUGGGAGAUGCCAAGGACAUCACAGUGAAGGGGCUGGAGGCGGUGAGGCGGUGCCGCAGGGUGUACCUGGAGGCCUACACGUCCGUCCUCACGGUGGGCAAGGAAGCGCUGGAAGAGUUUUAUGGAAAAGAAUUGAUUUUGGCUGACCGAGAAACGGUGGAACAAGAAGCAGAUGGCAUUUUAAAAGAAGCUGAUGUUUGUGAUGUCGCAUUUCUUGUAGUUGGCGAUCCUUUUGGGGCCACAACGCACAGUGAUUUAGUACUACGUGCAGUAAAAUUGGGGGUUCCGUACAAGGUCAUUCAUAAUGCUUCAAUAAUGAAUGCAGUGGGCUGCUGUGGCUUACAGUUGUACAGUUUUGGAGAGACAGUUUCUAUAGUUUUCUGGACAGAUACGUGGAAGCCAGAAAGCUUUUUUGACAAGAUCGAGAAGAACAGGCAGAAUGGAAUGCACACACUGUGCUUACUUGAUAUUAAAGUGAAGGAGCAGUCUCUGGAGAAUCUAAUGAAAGGAAGAAAGAUUUAUGAGCCACCACGCUACAUGAGUGUGAAUCAAGCUGCAGAACAGCUUCUUGCCAUUAUUCAAAACAGGAGGCUCCAAGGAGAAGAACCAGAAGUUACUGAAAACACAAUUUGUGUUGGCCUUGCACGUGUGGGUGCUCCGGAUCAGAAGAUUGCUUCAGGGACACUACAUCAGAUGUCCACAGUGGAAUUAGGCGGUCCACUACAUUCUUUGAUUGUUACAGGCACUAUGCAUCCUCUGGAAUUAGAAAUGCUUAAGCUUUUUACUGUAGAUAGUUCCAGUUUUGAAAAUAAUGCAUUUCAAAGGACUGCUUAAAUAAAAAUGAGGCAUUUAGAUUUUUA